AUGAUGACUGAUCAAACAUCAUUAGCAAAAGCUCGAAAGGCUUGCUUCGAUGAUUUACCUAAUUUCUCAGGACAUCCUUCAGAGGAUGUCGAACGGUUUUUAAAAAGUAUAAAAAAUAUUGCAAAAGUCAAUGAAGAAUCAAAUAAUCACGAAGUUCUUGAAAUCGUUCGUGGUAAAUUAAUACAAGCAGCAGGAUUAUGGUUCGAUAAUCAUGAACAUAUUUUCAAGGAAUGGUCAGAUUUCGAAACUGCAUUUCGAAAUCGAUAUUUUUCAACCACAAUUAUUCACAAAAAAUUCGCUAAAUUAAAGCAACGAACACAUUUAUCAGACGAACCAGUUACAUCUUAUACUGAUGACAUAAUCAAUCUAUGUCGCGACAUUGAUCCAACGAUGUCAGACUCAAUCAUUAUCCAACACCUCAUGAGUGGAAUCAAUCCAGAAUUUAGAAAAGAACUUUCUCGACAUCAGUCAUGCAUGAAUUCAUUAGAUGAAUUUUUAAAAUAUACCAAAAUUGAACAAGAUCUAUAUGAUACAUUCGAGAAAACUCGCCAAUUAGCCAUUGAAUCGAAACAAUCUCAAUUUACAAAUUAUCAUUCUCAGAAUCCGUCAGUUGCAACUACAAUGAAACAACCUACAAAUAUAUCAAUCACGAAUAUCAACAAAUAA